UUGUGUUCCGCUGCGUCGGGAAUCGGGAGGACGGCAAAUCAAGUGAAAGAAAUCUUUUGACAGAAGAAAACUUCAUGCUGGAGUUCUGAAACAAGUUUAGAAAGCCCCAUGAAGUCUAAACUGAACAUGGAAAGUCUGACCAAGCCAGAGCUGCUGAUGCUUUUCAGCAUCCUGGAGGGAGAACUGGAGGCUCGGGACAUCGUCAUCGAAGCCCUAAAGGCUCAGUGUAAAGAGCUGUUCAUCCAGGAACGCUACGCAAGGUACAACCUCAGCGACCCCUUCCAGGCCCUGCAGAGAGAUGGUGAGAUUGCAGGGGGUUCCAGCAAAGCGGCUGGCUGUGCUUCAACCAACCCUCUGGUGGUUCUCAAACUGGUGGUGAGCCACUGCAGAAGGAUGCAGGAAAAGAUGAUGGCUCAACUGGCCGCAGCUGAAAGCCGGCACAGAGGGGUGAUUGCAGACCUGGAGGAGGAAAAAAGGAGGCAUGCCGAGGACACGGCCGAGGGAGAUGAUGUCACUUGCAUCCUUGAAAAGGAGAGGGAGCGCCUACAACAACAGUUGGAAUUCGAGCGGAGCCAAGUUCGCCGGCUGGAAAAAGAGCAGCGACGGAUUACUGAGCAGGUGGAGGAAGAACGUGCUCAGCACAAACAGCUUUCCUGCGCUUUGGCUAAAGAGUGCAAGUGGGCGAGUUCCCGGGCUCUAAAGGAGGGUCACCGGCUGUCAGAACUGAACCGUAAACUUGAUAAGGAAAAAGAGGUUUCUCAAGCUUUGAGAAAAGAGCUGGAAGAGGAAAGAAGAAGAGCUUUGAGGAUGGAGGCCAGAGUGGAAGAGCAGCUCGCUGAGUUUGACACCGAACGUGAACAGCUUCGCUCUCGUUUGAAGAAGGAAGAAGCUCAUUGCGCUCAGCUCCAACGACAGGUAGAAGAGCUGAAGAGGAAGCUGGAGGAGGUCUACACGAUGAAAGAGAUGAGAGGAGCCAAUGCAUCUCCAGUGGAGACAACAGGAAAAGAGUGGGCUACAAGAGCUUUACCAGGAAGCCCAUCAGUAGACAAUGUUAAGUUUGAGGUCAAGGAUGAAGACGGCGACGACCAAACUGUUCAACCAAAAGUCAAUGGCCACGUUUGUCCAGUGGAGACCAGCGGGCCUUUUAUUUCAAACAACGUACUCUCAGAAAAUACGCUUUUCCAAAAUGGAAAUGAGACGCCAACGUUGUCCUCCUCCUGCAACGCAGCUCUCUCAUCUCAGACUCGCUCCUCUCCCUGCAUUUCACCCAUUCUUACCAAACAGCCCGCAGCCUGCGCACCUCCUGGAAACUAUCAGUCUCCGUACCAGGCCGGGGUCAACCAGCGGUUCCACGCUGCCCGACACAAGUUCCAGGGUAGUUCUGACUCAGAACCACCAGCCCAGGCUGUGCAACCUGCUGUCCCCGUCCCACCAAAGGACCUCUCUCCUGUGAGCAGCAACUCCCCGUCCCCAGAGGCCAACCCGAUCAAGCAGAUGGCCCGCAGCACGGUCACUCAGGUCCUGUCUCGUUUCACCACUGUGCAGCAGAGUGCCGUGACAAAGCUGACGGCGACAAACAACUCCCCGUUCGGCACGGACUACCGCAGCCUGGCAGCUCCUUUGUCUCCCGUCAUUGGCAGGGCCACGGGGGCAGUUCUGCAGGGGAUUCGAUCACCCACCUUCAACAGAGCAGACAGAGGCAACCCGCCUCCUAUCCCCCCUAAGAAGCCUGGUCUAGCUCAAGCCCCUCUGUCCCCAGGAUCAGUGCCUAAAUCUGCCAGUCAUUUCUCAGACGGUCCCCUGUCAGGCAGCUGUGGCCUCAGCUCUGCCCAAGAGGGCGUCAAAGAACUCGACAUGGUAGUUUCAUCAAAUUAACUGUUAGUACAGCCACUUCUCUGCUGGGGUCAUAAUGAUUUAAUCCAUAAUAUCCCACCAUUACAACUGAGAUAUUGUAUUUUACAAGCAAGGAUGUGUACUAUUAUUUGAACAGAAAUCCCUUAUUUUAAACCUGAGCAGAAUCUCUUAUUUAGGCAGAGAUUAUGGAAAAAAUGAGGGGGUGAUGUUCUUGUGACAUUAAUAAUAUCAAGAAUUUUGGAAUUGCUACGAGGAAGUUAUAAGAACAAACAUAUGUUAUACUCAUAAAUCGUAUAAAUGAAUCACUGAUUUAUGAAUUUUAUACACAGAUUAUCUGAUGAGUUGUAAUCUGACAUAAGACAGUUUUAUUUUAAUAUUGUACAGUUUCCUGAUUAUCAGUGUUUAUGUGGUCACUGUUAUACAAGCAAGUGUUUCAGAUAAACGUUAUGCGUUUGCCAUUAUAAUAAACAGUUGUUAAACGUUUUA